AUAGUGUCGAGGGUGUGGUGCUGGUAAGGAGCAGGAAAAUCGACGUUACGGGCAAUAGUCCUUCACCAGGUUAUAGUGUACAGACUAAACACCGGACACAAUGAUCUACAUUCUUGAAGACGAGAAUGCAUUUGCUGAGAAAAUGAAGGAGGCUGGGAAUAAAUUAGUUGUGAUUGACUUCUAUGCAGAUUGGUGCAACCCUUGUCAAACCGUUGCAAAAUGGUACAAGGAUCUUCCAGAGCAAUAUCCUGAUGUGAUCUUCUGUAAAGUAAAAGUAGAUGAUGCUGAAGAUUUGGUUGAAAAAUUUAACAUCACCACUAUACCACGCAUUCUGCUCUUCAAGGAUGGGAAACAAAUAGAAAUACAGGACAACAAUAACGACAAAAACACUCUGAAGAAAAAUAUUGACCUCUAUAAAGAAGUCCAGUGUGCUUCGAACACCAAGUAAAUAGGAGUAAAAUACAAAAUUGAGAAUUCCACACAACAGGAUCAAUUAUGUACAAUAAAACAAUAAACAAUGAUUAAAGAUUUA